AUGAGGAGCUCUGGUGCCUCCCGAUCAUCUGUCAUCCGAUGCAAAGCCGGAGGCAAGUGCCCCAGCCCACGCAGUGGCAUGAGUAGGCAGCUCUCCCCUUUGUCUGUUGUUGAGGAUUCUGCUGCUCCCAUUCUUGAGCUGCAGAGUCGAAGCCCCUCUGGAGUUUGUCGGCACAGCAGAGUGGAGAGGCAAAGCAGAUCAGGAGAAGAUGGGACACAAACUCAUCCUGAGAGCAACAGCCAAGAAAACAAGCCACAGACACGGUGUCAAUCUUGCACAUCUACAUUUCUGAAGAUUGUCUGGGGAUUUCUGAUCAUCUUGUCAGUCUCGUCUUCUUGGGUUGGAACCACACAGAUUGUGAAAAUCACAUAUAAGAACUUUGACUAUCCAUUUUUCAUGACUUGGUUUUCAACAAAUUGGAACAUUAUGUUUUUCCCUAUUUAUUAUUCUGGGCAUCUUGCAACGGCACAGGAAAAGCAAUCUCCAAUCAAAAAGUUCAGGGAAUGCAGUCGGAUUUUUGGUGAAGAUGGUCUGACGUUGAAACUCUUUCUUAAAAGGACUGCUCCCUUUUCUAUUCUGUGGACUUUGACUAAUUACCUGUAUUUACUGGCUUUAAAGAAGUUGACAGCCACAGACGUCUCUGCCCUGUUCUGUUGUAACAAAGCAUUUGUCUUCUUGCUUUCUUGGAUUGUGCUGAAAGACAGGUUCAUGGGCGUAAGGGUAAUAACAUAUAUCUAUAUAAUUUUCAACCAUCUUGAGUUUCAUAAUCAAACUGAAAUCCAUUAUUUAAAGAUAGCCAUUAUGCUGCCAAUCAUGUAUGCAUUGUGAAUCAUUUCUCAUUAACUAUGUGCUGCAAAUCAAAGAUUGAAGAUCAAGUAGCAAUUUCAGGCUCCAGGAUAACAGGAGGUGAAAAGUUUAAGACAACUAUGAUACUCUGAUGGUGAAUUAGUCAACUGAGCUAAAAAAAAACUUUCAACGGCUCUGUCAUGCUGUUCGGACUUGGGCGUAGAAUUCGGAAGUACAAUCAGUGAAGGGAAACGUGCUGUUUUACAGAUUUAUUUUUACAUUUGUGAUAAUUCCCUAAGUGCUUUUCAAAAUGGUUCCGCUUACAUUGCUGGGUAGAUAAUAAAUUG